CGUGUGAAUGCUGACGCAUGUACGUGCGCGCCCCCCGGCCGGCUCUGGCCCUUCCUCUUCUGUCGCCGCUUAUGCUACUGAAGAUGGCGGCUCCGUGACCAGGGAGGAAACCGGCACCAAGGCUGGGAGAGAGCGCGCCUCGCCAGGACGUGUGUGGAAUGCCAUGGCCAGCUCUUCUGAGAGCGAGGAUGACGCGUUCAUGGCCAUUGACAGAGAGGAUGCUGUAGACGGGACCAUGGAGCAGGAGGAAGAGCCACAGGCGACAGCUGAGGUGACCAAACACCACCGCUCAAUGUCUGAGCUGCCGGAGGAGGUCCUGGAAUACAUCCUGUCCUUCCUGUCUCCAUAUCAGGAACAUAAAACUGCAGCCCUAGUGUGUAAGCAGUGGUAUCGGCUCAUUAAAGGGGUCGCUCACCAGUGUUACCACGGAUUCAUUAAAGCUGUCCACGAUGGAAAUAUUCAGUGGGAAAGCAGGACCUACCCCUACCCCGGGACCCCAAUUACUCAGCGCUUCUCACACAGUGCUUGUUACUACGACUCUAACCAGUCCAUGUAUGUGUUUGGCGGGUGCACACAGAGUAGCUGUAACGCUGCCUUCAAUGACUUGUGGCGGCUGGACCUCAACAGCAAAGAAUGGAUCCGACCUCUGGCGUCAGGUUCCUAUCCCUCUCCAAAGGCAGGGGCCACACUUGUUGUAUACAAGGAGCUGCUAGUUCUGUUUGGUGGAUGGACGCGCCCUAGCCCGUAUCCCUUACAUCAGCCCGAACGCUUCUUUGAUGAGAUUCAUACAUACUCCCCAUCUAAAAACUGGUGGAACUGCAUUGUGACCACCCAUGGGCCUCCGCCGAUGGCUGGGCAUUCAUCCUGCGUUAUCGGUGAUAAGAUGAUCGUCUUCGGGGGAUCUCUUGGUUCUCGGCAAAUGAGCAAUGAUGUCUGGGUGCUCGACAUGGAGCAGUGGUCUUGGUCCAAACCAAACAUCUCCAGGCCUAGCCCCCACCCCCGAGGAGGACAGUCUCAGAUUAUUAUCGACAGCGAGACUAUCCUGAUCCUGGGUGGCUGCGGAGGACCCAAUGCUCUUUUUAAAGAUGCCUGGCUGCUGCACAUGAACACAAAUCCCUGGACCUGGCAGCAACUGAAAGUGGAAAAUGAGGAUCAUGGAGCCCCAGAACUGUGGUGCCAUCCAGCCUGUAGGGUGGGUCAGUGUGUGGUGGUGUUCAGUCAGGCACCCAGUGGUCGCGCUCCUCUUAGUCCAAGCUUGAAUUCCCGUCCUUCACCAAUCAGUGCAACUCCACCUGCCCUGGCGCCUGAGACUAGAGAGUACAGAUCACACUCCCCGGUCCGUGCAUCCGAUGAAGCCCCUUGUGUAAAUGGACGCUGGGGGACCCUCAGACCCCGACCUCCGAGGCACACUGGAGGUGGGUCCCGUGAAGGAAGCCUUUCUCCAGCUAGGGGUGAUGGCCUAUCACCUGUCCUUAAUGGGGGCAGUGUGUCUCCCGCUGCAGCUUUGGACAGCCCCUUGCAGGUCAUUUCCCCCCCUGCCGCUGAGAGCUGUGAGCAUAAGGCACCUCCCCUGCCUCCUGCCCGUCGAGGAUCCCUUCCAGAGCAAAAGGAUUUAUGUCUCAGUGCAGAAGACUGCACAUGGAAAAGGGGGGAUUUAGAUUUGGACCCUACAAGUAGAAACCUGCCUGAACAGACAAAUGGAGUCCACACUCCCCCGCACAUUACUUCCACGUUUUCUGGAGCCGUGUCGCCUGGAGCACUUCGUCGGGGACUGGAAGCUGUUCGAGCAUUUGUAACUUCCUCACCUUCCUCCUCUUCAUCACAUGGGGGAACUAACCCCACCAGCCCACCUACCCUCACCUCCCCUGGUUCUCCCAGCAGCGGCUCUGAAGCAGCCUCAACACGUCCAGUCCCGGCCCAAAGUGAUGGCCAUUCCUUGCCCCCUAUCGCCCGUCGUCUAGGACAUCACCCUCCUCAGUCGCUCAACGUGGGGAAGCCCUUAUAUCAGAACGUGAACUGCAAGCCUAUGCAGAUGUAUGCCUUGGACAUUCAGGGAACCCGGGAAUGGGGUCGUGUAAAAUGGAAGAUUUUCAGCAACAGCUCUGUGGUGGGACCCCCCGAGACCAGUCUACAUACUGUUGUGCAGGGUCGAGGGGAGCUUAUCAUUUUUGGUGGUCUCAUGGACAAAAAACAGAACGUGAAAUAUUACCCCAAAACCAACGCCUUGUAUUUUGUAGGAGCUAAGAGAUAAUGUGGACGUCAGAGACUGUUACCUGGAGAUGUCCCCCACCCAACUCCCUUUUUACACUACUUGACCCCUUGUGAUAUGGUCCCUUAGAUCUUGGAUAGGAGUCAGUGCAUAAAAUAGGGCCUUGGGGUUGAGGUGACAGUCGUGUCUCUCCCUGCCCCCCUCCUGAUAUGACACCUCUCUGCUAUGGGCUCCUGCAACACCUGUGUAAAGCUUCUUAGUCAGUGCUGCAAUCUAUUAUAUCGGAGGGUUGGACGGGCUUGAAAGUGGGGUGGUCACUGGGCUGCUGGGAGUCCCAGUCCUGAUAUACAUAACUGACCUGUGGCUAUCCACUUUCCUAUUAGUAAUGGUUGCUACAAUCCACCCCUUUAGUUCUAAAUGGAAGCUGUAAGAGUGGCUGCAACUCUCUGGUGAUUUUAAAACCUCAGCACCCAUCUUCCCCUGGCAUGCAGGUCGCUGGAUGGGUGCAGGGUGUGAGAGGAAUGUUCUAUUUUGCAAGAUUUACAUUUAAAUAAAGCCAAAUUCACAAAACGAGCUGAGGAUUUCCCUGCAGGAGCCUCUCUGAGGGGUUGUCUUUAUGUGUUGGGUCUGUACAGGAAUACAAGAUGGAUUUUAUCUAGUGGGGACCUGAUGCCGCAGUGAUUCGCACACCGCUCUGUAUACUAGUCAUAAAGCAAACCCGCCAUAUACUGAUAGAGCAGAGUCCACAGUCCCAGAGACUUCUUUCACAUUGUGACCAGAUGGUUGUAUAUGCCGGGAAAGGUCUGGACACAUACAUAAAACAGAUGCAUAGGCCUGGACAGAGGCUAAGAGCGCCAUUUUGGCCUCCGUUCUAUCACUGCAUGGCGUGGUUACUGUUUUUUGCGGCAUGAAAUAGCGCAGCAGACUGCAAAAAGAGUACUACAUAGGAUAUGGAUGCCACUAAAUGCCAUUUGUGAAAAGGGUUUAUCCGGUGCCAGGAGGAAACCAGACAACUCAAGAUCAGCCUGCUGUAAAGAACUGGUAAGUACUUACCUGACAGAUCACGCCCCGUUACUUAGGUUUUCCCGGCUGGACUCUAUUUACCAAGCUGCAGCGGUGACGUAACGUCGACAACACAUGACCGCUGCAGCCAGGUAAACAGCCCAUCUGGGAGAACCAAAGUAACACUGUGUGAUCUGUCAGGUAAGUACUUGCUAGUUCUUUAUUCCCAAGGGUUAAAUGGCGAUAGCCCCUUUAAAUGUGUAUCUCCUGAGGUCUCCGUCAUUGAGCUGUGCACUGCCACAUGUUGUGGCAGGUCCACUUUAAAGAGACAGGGUUGUGAGGUGGGAUAUCCUGAUCCCAUCCAAGUACCUACUGGGUGGAGUAGUUCUUUAUUAUUCUCCUUCCAGAUGCAAAGACUAUAGGUGAGGGGGCUUACAGGCUCGGUGAAGUUGCAGAGCAGCCAUGUUGUGUUGCAGCUUCCCUGUGCAGAGCGGAGGAUAAUCUCUGGGGGCAGCAGUGGAGCGCUCUCCACACACCAGGGAUGCUGGGGGUCUAUGGUGCCUACAUACACUAUGGGCACAAACCAUGAAGAGGUUCACAGCUCCUGACCUCCUUUUUGGGGAUUUCACCCCAGAUCAGAGGAGGAGAAGGGAUACUUUUCAGCUGAUUACAUUAUUGCUACAGUAUUUUAUACAGUCUUGAUGCAUGGUCCUCCACUCCCCCCAUAAUCCACUUCCCCUCCCCUCCUCACUCAAGCAGUCAGAUAGCAGCUGCUGCGGACCUUCUCACACAGGGAUUGGCACUAUACAUGGGCAACUUUUUGACACUUGCCCCUGAUGGGGGAUGGAUUGCAAUAAAGUUCCCCGAUUCUCAGCUUUCCUUGCCACACUGGCUUUCUUUUUGUCAUUAGGGUUAAUGGUGGCAUGAGUGGCAGACCCCCUGAUUGGUAGGGGAGGAUUUAAGUGUCCAGCCUGAUGCGCAGCGACGGGUGUUUCCAGAAGCAGCGGUGCAUUGGCACACACUGUGUUGUGUCCGCUACUGCAGCAUUAUGGACUAUGUUGGAUGCACCUCCAUCUGACUGGCCUAAGGAAAGGUCUUUAGGGGAUAUUCCUAAAACCAGGAAGUUAAAGAUUGGGCUGAGCACUCAAAUACUGGGAUUCUGCAUAUAUAAGGUAAUACAUUAAUAAUAUUUAUUCUCUGCAAGGCAUACACAAUAAAAGCAAUAUAAAACUAACAUGUAUAACAAAUACGGACAUAUACGUACCGAACCUUGCUGAUUCUACUACUUCACGUAUUUUAACCCCUUCAUGUGAGAGGAUCAACUGAUAUUACAUUGCAAUAUAUCGCCACAUUUAUUUGGAUCCAUUUACUGCAGAGUUUAUUUUAGGGCGUAUAUGUUUGUUAUAUGUCAGUUUUAUAUUGCUUUUAUUGUGUAUGCCUUGCAGAGAAUAAAUA